UCUUUCACAGGUAAAAAAAAGCCUUUUGCUUUGGGUUUUUUAAAUGAAUGCUACCUCUUUUGAUAUACUAGAGUGACCCUGUUGCUACCUCUUUCUGGUUUUAACAAUAGAUGGGCAUUGAGCUGAAUAAUGCCUGGACUGAAGCGAAUCGCCACCGCACAAAGCUUAUUAGUGACUUUGAGCUCCGUCAUGAAUGCUGUGGCUACAACCAUAUCUCAGAUAGACCUUUCCCGCCUAUAGCCCCAAAGGGCUCCGAGAAGCCCAAGGACCGGACUUGCAGUGAGAAUGACGCUUAUGGAUUCAAGGUGGCUUGUAAGGCUGAUCUUACCAAGGAUUUUGAACGAUGGCAUAAAGGAAUCCGAAAUCUUUUGCUUGGCCAAGUGACCAUACUGCUCCCACUCAUGUUGUUAGUCAUGACUCUUUCUGCAAUCAACUUCUUGAAACUCAGGGGCUGGAAGCAAGAAGAACUUGAAGACGCAAAGACACAAGCAGAAGCAUCAACAAUCGUGCCGGUGGUGAAUGGAAGAGGGGAUACUCAGUAUGAGCGCCCUCUACUGGAGGACGCGAGUCCUCGCAAUGGAGAGACACCGUUCCUGGUCAAUGUCGAGACAGAGCCAGCGAGGUUUACUCACGAUCGCCCUGUGGUGCAGCCGAGUUUGAUCUAAAGGGGACUGUGGCAGCAAGCGGCCCAUGUAUCGGAUUUAUAUUAAGGACAGUGGAAAAGGAAACGGAUGUAGUUUGAAUAGUAAACAAAACAAAAGAUUCAAAUUAUUGUAUGGGGAUUGGAAGCACUGUUUACAUGAACAGAUUU